AUGGGGCGAGCUUUUCUGUACGUUAUUAUUGGAGGAGGAGUUGCAGCUGGCUAUGCCGCUCAUGAAUUUGUUAAGAGGGGCGUCUCUAAUGGCGAACUCUGCAUAAUCUCUGAAGAGCCCGUUGCACCCUAUGAAAGGCCUGCAUUGAGCAAAGGUUACUUACUUCCAGAAGCUCCUGCACGCCUCCCUUCAUUUCACUGUUGUGUAGGUACCAAUGAGGAAAGACUGCCUCCAAAAUGGUACAAGGAAAAUGGUAUUGAGUUAAUUCUUAGCACUAGAGUCAAAUCUGCUGAUGUUAGGCGGAAGACACUGCUAACUGCAACCGGAGAAACCAUAAGCUACAAAUAUCUCAUAGUUGCAACAGGUGCUCGGGCAUUGAAGCUUGAAGAGUUCGGAGUUAAUGGAUUAGAUGCAGCUAAUGUGUGCUAUCUGCGAGACUUGGCUGAUGCAGACGGACUUGUGAAUGUGAUGCAAUCCUGUAGUGGUGGAAAUGCUGUUGUUAUUGGUGGCGGCUAUAUAGGGAUGGAAUGUGCUGCAUCGUUGGUGAUUAACAAAUUAAAUGUGACAAUGGUUUUCCCUGAGGCGCAAUGUAUGGCCCGCUUAUUUACCCCCAAGAUUGCUAGUUAUUACGAAGAAUUUUAUCAGUCCAAAGGGGUGAAGUUUGUGAAAGGAACCGUUCUGACAUCGUUCGAUUUUAGCUCGGAUGGAAAGGUCACCGCGGUCAACCUCCGGGACGGCUCGAAACUCCCGGCCGACAUGGUGGUGGUUGGCAUCGGCAUUCGUCCCAACACAAGCCUAUUCGAGGGGCAGCUUACCAUGGAAAAAGGUGGCAUAAAGGUGAACGGCAAGAUGCAGUCCAGCAACGCCUCAGUCUACGCCAUCGGCGAUGUGGCGGCCUUCCCCGUCUAG